AUGUUAGGUGCUAGCACCAGUAGUAGUGGUACCGUUGGCGGUGACGUGAAUCCUGAUUUGCUUCAAGAAGUCCGUUUAUAUGAAAGUGGUGUGGAACGUGAACGAGUCGAUAAUAUGAGCGAAUUAUACGCCGUCUUAAACGCCUUGGAAUGUUUAGAAAAGGUCUUUAGCCGUGAUUGUAUUCCGGCCAAGGAAUAUACUGCUGAAUGUUCAAAGCUUUUGGUGCAAUAUAAGGUGGCUCUGCGUUUGGUACAAUGCGAUAUCGAUGAAUUCGUGAAGAAAUAUCGUGUAGAGUGUCCAGCAGCGUUGGAAAGAAUCCGUGAAGAUCGGCCAAUUACUGUAAAAGAUGAUAAAGGCAAUACAUUGAAAUGCAUUGCAGAGAUUGUAGAAAUGUUCAUCACAUUCUUGGAUCAACUAAAGUUGAAUGUUCGAGCUGUCGAUGAGCUAUUUCCGACAUUGAAUGAACUGAAUAUCUCCAUCAGUUCAAUGAUUACAUUGCCGAAUAACUUUGAUGCAAAGCUGAAGGUGAUACAAUGGCACGAUAAGCUGAAGAGUAUGAGCGCAAGUGAGGAAAUAACGGAUGAAGAUGCGAGACAAAUGGUUUUCGAUCUCGAAACUGCCUAUAAUUCUUUCACUCGUUUCUUGCAUAACUCUUAA